CCUCGCGAGAGCUCGGCGCGGUGGAGGCGGCCGACAUGGAGCCGGGCGGCGGCGGCGGCCUCGGGGCCCCGGGGCCGCUCCCGGGCAACAACAAGGCCCGUGGCGGAGCGGGGCCGCCCAGCAAGGCCCGCGACCUGGGCCGCCCGCCGCGCAAGGACUCCGAGGGUUAUUCAGAGUCCCCAGACCUGGAGUUUGAAUACGCAGAUACCGACAAAUGGGCAGCAGAGCUUUCUGAACUGUACAGCUACACAGAAGGGCCGGAGUUCCUGCUCAACCGCAAGUGCUUCGAGGAGGAUUUCAGGAUCCACGUGCGGGACAAAAAAUGGACGGAACUGGACAAGAACCAGCACCGCACCCACGCCAUGCGGCUGCUCGACGGGCUGGAGGUCACCGCGCGGGAGAAGAGGCUGCGGGUGGCCCGAGCCAUCCUUUACGUUGCCCAAGGCACGUUUGGGGAGUGCGGCUCUGAGGCCGAGGUGCAGGCGUGGAUGAGGUACAACAUCUUCCUCUUGCUGGAAGUGGGGACGUUCAACGCUCUGGUGGAGCUGCUGAACAUGGAGAUCGAUAACAGCGCGGCGUGCAGCAGUGCGGUGAGGAAGCCGGCCAUCUCCCUGGCUGACAGCACGGACCUCAGGGUGCUGCUGAACAUCAUGUACCUGAUUGUGGAGACGGUUCGGCAGGAGGCCGAGGGGGACAAGCCCGAGUGGAAGAGCAUGAGACAAACCUUCCGAGCGGAGCUGGGAGCCCCCCUGUACAACAACGAGCCCUUCUCCGUCAUGCUCUUCGGGAUGGUGACCAAAUUCUGCAGCGGCCACGCUCCCCACUUCCCCAUGAAGAAAGUGCUGCUCUUGCUCUGGAAAACCGUGCUGGGCACCCUGGGCGGCUUCGAGGAGCUCCAGAGCAUGAAGGCGGAGAAGCGGGAGGUGCUGGGGCUGCCGCCGCUGCCCGAGGACAGCAUCAAGGUGAUCCGCAACAUGCGGGCGGCCUCCCCGCCCGCCUCCGCCUCCGACCUCAUCGAGCAGCAGCAGAAGCGAGGCCGGCGGGAGCACAAGGCCUUAAUUAAGCAGGAUAACCUCGAUGCCUUUAAUGAGCGAGACCCUUACAAAGCUGACGACUCCCGUGAGGAAGAGGAGGAAAACGAUGAUGACAACAGCCUGGAGGGAGAGACCUUCCCCCUCGAACGGGAUGAAGUGAUGCCACCCCCCACCCAGCACCCCCCCAGCGACCGCAUCACCUGCCCCAAGGGGCUGCCCUGGGCCCCCAAGGUCCGGGAGAAGGACAUUGAGAUGUUCCUGGAGUCCAGCCGCAGCAAGUUCAUCGGCUACACGCUGGGCAGUGACACCAACACCGUGGUGGGGUUGCCCAGGCCCAUCCACGAGAGCAUCCGCACCCUGAAGCAGCACAAGUACACGUCGAUCGCAGAGGUGCAAGUGCACAUGGAGGAAGAGUACCUGCGCUCGCCGCUCUCUGGAGGGGAAGAAGAAGUGGAGCAGGUCCCUGCCGAGAUCCUGUACCAGGGCCUCCUGCCCAGCCUGCCCCAGUACAUGAUCGCUCUGCUGAAGAUCCUUCUGGCCGCAGCCCCCACCUCCAAAGCCAAGACCGACUCCAUCAACAUCCUGGCCGAUGUCCUGCCGGAGGAGAUGCCGACCACGGUGCUGCAGAGCAUGAAGCUGGGGGUGGACGUCAAUCGGCACAAGGAGAUCAUCGUCAAAGCCAUUUCUGCCGUGCUGCUCCUUCUGCUCAAGCACUUCAAGCUCAAUCACAUCUACCAGUUUGAGUACAUGGCCCAGCAUCUGGUCUUUGCCAACUGCAUCCCACUCAUCCUGAAGUUCUUCAACCAGAACAUCAUGUCCUACAUCACUGCCAAGAACAGCAUUUCUGUGCUGGACUACCCGUACUGCGUGGUGCACGAGCUGCCGGAGCUGACGGCGGAGAGCCUGGAAGCCGGAGACAACAACCAGUUCUGCUGGAGGAACCUCUUCUCCUGCAUCAACCUCCUGCGCAUCCUGAACAAGCUGACCAAGUGGAAGCACUCCCGCACCAUGAUGCUGGUGGUGUUCAAGUCGGCACCCAUCCUGAAGCGGGCGCUGAAGGUGAAACAGGCCAUGAUGCAGCUCUACGUGCUGAAGCUGCUUAAGGUCCAGACCAAGUACCUGGGCCGGCAGUGGAGGAAGAGCAACAUGAAGACCAUGUCGGCCAUUUACCAAAAAGUGCGGCACCGUCUCAAUGACGACUGGGCCUACGGCAACGACCUGGAUGCCCGUCCCUGGGACUUCCAAGCGGAGGAAUGUGCCCUGCGCGCCAGCAUCGAGCGUUUCAACUCCCGGCGCUACGACCGGGCUCACAGCAACCCCGACUUCCUGCCGGUGGACAACUGCCUGCAGAGCGUGCUGGGCCAGCGCGUGGACCUGCCCGAGGAUUUCCAGGUCAACUACGACCUGUGGCUGGAGCGGGAGGUUUUCUCUCGCCCCAUCUCCUGGGAGGAGCUGCUGCAGUGAUGGAUGACGUGGAGGCAGGACGGGGGGGUUUUUGGGAACGUCUCGAGGCCAAGCUGCUGCUGAGGGGCAGGGAGAUGAAGUUUUUUGGGGGGUCUGUGGGUGUUUGGACUCCCUGGAUGGGCUUGGGGAGAGGCUGGAGCUCAUCGAGACACUGUCCUUCUCCUCCGAUCCUUCCUGGCUGAACCCCAAGCCAAGGGUGACAGCUGGGGGGGUCCCGUUGGGUGGGGGGAGCUUGUGUGCACCCCUGGUCAAAGCUUUGGGAGGCAGCACCCCAGUCACCCCCUCCUGCCCCCCACCAGAGCGGGAGCAGCUGGGGGUGCGGGGCAAGGGGCCCUUUGGUGCUGCUGGGGCAGGAAAAGAGUCUCUGUCUCCCCCAGACCCUGCCUGGGGACAUGGUGACAGGGUUGGGGUGACGGGGGCUGGGGGGUGGAGGCUGCAGUGUCCCCCCGCCCCGCUUGGGGGGGCAGAUGAGCUGUACAUAUAUACAUAGAUAUAUAUAUAUUUCGUGGUAUCUCUGA